AGCGGCGGGGGCCAGCGGCAGCGGAUAGCCGAGGCCGUCCCUCCCGCCCGGGACCCGGGGGCAGCAUGUCGGAGCCCAGGAGGAGGGGCCGCGGCCGCGGCAAGAAGCACCGAGAGGGGAGGAAGCGGGAGCGGGAGCCUGAUCCUGGGGAAAAAGCUACCCGGCCCAAGCUGAAGAAGAUGAAGAGCCAGACAGGCGAGGUGGGCGAGAAGCAGUCGCUGAAGUGCGAAGCAGCGGCGGGGAAUCCCCAGCCCUCCUACCGCUGGUUCAAGGAUGGCAAGGAGCUCAACCGGAGUCGUGAUAUUCGCAUCAAGUACGGCAAUGGCAGAAAGAACUCCCGAUUGCAGUUCAACAAAGUGAAGGUGGAGGAUGCGGGGGAGUAUGUCUGCGAGGCGGAGAACAUCCUUGGGAAGGACACCGUGCGGGGCCGGCUCCACGUUAACAGCGUGAGCACCACUCUGUCGUCGUGGUCGGGACAUGCCCGGAAGUGCAACGAGACGGCCAAGUCCUACUGUGUGAAUGGAGGUGUGUGCUACUACAUCGAGGGCAUCAACCAGCUCUCCUGCAAAUGUCCAAACGGAUUCUUCGGACAGAGAUGUUUGGAGAAACUGCCUUUGCGAUUGUACAUGCCAGAUCCUAAGCAAAAGGCUGAGGAGCUGUACCAGAAGAGAGUCCUGACAAUUACUGGCAUCUGUGUGGCUCUGCUGGUCGUGGGCAUCGUCUGUGUGGUCGCCUACUGCAAGACCAAAAAACAGCGGAGACAGAUGCAUAACCAUCUCCGGCAGAACAUGUGUCCAGCCCACCAGAACCGGAGCCUGGCCAACGGGCCCAGCCACCCUCGGCUGGACCCUGAGGAGAUCCAGAUGGCUGAUUACAUCUCCAAAAAUGUGCCCACCACAGACCACGUGAUCCGGAGGGAAACUGAGACCACAUUCUCUGGGAGCCACUCCUGCUCACCUUCUCACCACUGCUCCACAGCCACGCCCACCUCCAGCCACAGACAUGAGAGCCACACGUGGAGCCUGGAACGUUCGGAGAGCCUGACCUCGGAUUCCCAGUCAGGCAUCAUGCUGUCGUCAGUGGGCACCAGCAAGUGCAACAGCCCAGCCUGUGUGGAGGCACGAGCGCGGAGGGCAGCGGCCUACAGCCAGGAGGAGCGGCGCAGGGCUGCCAUGCCACCCUACCACGACUCCAUAGACUCCCUGCGUGACUCUCCGCACAGUGAGAGGUACGUGUCGGCCCUGACCACGCCCGCGCGCCUCUCGCCCGUGGACUUCCACUACUCGCUGGCCACGCAGGUGCCGACCUUCGAGAUCACGUCGCCCAACUCUGCGCACGCCGUGUCGCUGCCGCCCGCCGCGCCCAUCAGCUACCGCCUGGCGGAGCAGCAGCCGCUCCUGCGGCACCCGGCGCCGCCGGGCCCUGGGCCGGGGUCCGGCGCGGACAUGCAGCGCAGCUACGACAGCUACUACUACCCCGCGGCGGGGCCCGGACCGCGGCGCAGCGCCUGCGCGCUGGGCGGCAGCUUGGGCAGCCUGCCCGCCAGCCCCUUCCGCAUCCCGGAGGACGACGAGUACGAGACCACGCAGGAGUGCGCGCCCCCGCCGCCGCCGCGGCCGCGCACGCGCGGCGCGUCCCGCAGGACGUCAGCGGGGCCGCGGCGCUGGCGGCGCUCGCGUCUCAACGGGCUGGCGGCGCAGCGCGCACGCGCGGCGCGGGACUCGCUGUCGUUGAGCAGCGGCUCGGGCUGCGGCUCGGUGUCGGCCUCGGACGACGAGGAGGACGACGCGGACGGGGCGCUGGCGGCCGAGAGCACGCCUUUCCUCGGCCUGCGGGCGGCGCACGACGCGCUGCGCUCGGACUCGCCGCCGCUGUGUCCGGCGGCCGACAGCAGGACUUACUACUCCCUGGACAGCCACAGCACGCGCGCCAGCAGCAGACACAGCCGUGGGCCGCCCACGAGGGCCAAGCAGGACUCGGGGCCCCUCUAGGCGUCCCCGCCUCGCCCGCCCCACGUCUCCAAGGAGAGCGGAGACCACCGACUGGAGAGGGAAUAGGAGCGAACAAAGAAAUAAAAAUAUUUUUAUUUUCUAUAAAAAGGAAAAAAGUAUAACAAAAUGUUUUAUUUUCAUUUUAGCAAAAAAUUGUCUUAUAAUACUAGCUAACGGCAAAGACGUUUUUAUAGGGAAACUAUUUAUAUGUAACAUCCUGAUUUACAGCUUCGGAAAAAAAAAAAGAAACAACAAAAAAAAAGAGAGAUGGGCCAAUUUUUUGACUCUUUAAUAGAAACCUAUAUUGUGGUGCCUUUUGCUGUAUGCUAAUCUGGGGCUCCUGGAGAGUCGUCUGGGGUGCAGGGUGGGGAUGGGCGCUUGUAGGAUCCCAAACCGGUGAGGGUGAGAAAAGGCAGGGAAAGGAGACCGAGGUUCUACUGGCCCUGAGGGUAGUGGACAGUGAGGAAGAAAAUGGAGACAAGGCAGAAUUUGAUCUUCCCCUGUUCAGAUCUGGAAUCUCGGGCAGAGAGGGCAGGGAUCCUUGCCUAGAGCUGAAAUUGAGGUCGGGUUACUUCGAGGGGGAGACAUAGCCCUCCAACUACAGCAACUAGAAUGGGGAGGGGUCCUCCCCUCUCCUCAAGGCUGCUAAGGGAAAGAGGACGGAGAAGGCGGUCUCCCCACCAGCCCCCGGCCUAGGGAGGGGCAGCACUACCAGGGGCCCAACCUUCAUAGCUCCUCCUCCUGCGGCCUCCAGGGUACUCUGUCCUCUGCAGCAUCUUCGUUUACAGGUCGUCUUUUCUAUUUUACGCCUGCAUGUCCUUUGCAUUUCAGACUCUUUGGAUUGAAUGCAUGGUCACGCUGGGACCCAGAAGAGCCACUCCGACAGUGUAUUCGAUUCCCCUUUUAGCAAUAAAGUAACGCCAUGUCCUUCUCACAGCCCAGCUCCCAACCCACCUAUGACUUCAUCCUCCAAUCCUGCCCUCCCCUACCCUCACAACUGGAUCCAAUGCUAAUUUGUCAAAAAAGGCAAUUGUCUAAAAAGGAAACAAACAAACAAAGUCCCAAACAGGAACAGAUGGGAACCCUGACAUGUCCAAACACCUGACUGUUGACACUUGAACAUUUUUAUAUUAUAAAUAAAAUCAGAAAUAA